AUAUAUAUGUUCAGAGAUUGCUUACUAAUCUUAUCAGCAAAAAUCUAUGUCUAGUAGUGACAUGAACCGAAGUUUAGUCCUGCGAGAUGCUAAAGGUUACACUUGCAGCAAAUGUCGACAACGAUUCCCACCGAAUCUUAAUCUCUCAGAAUUCCAAUGUCCAGCUUGCCAAAGAGUUAGUACCACUAGUUCUCCAAUGCGAAUCAAUCAACGAUCUUCUGAUACUAAAGAUAAUUACAGAGUCUUUCAAGUUGUCGAAAAGUUCAAGAAAAUGGUUUCAGGAACUAAGCAAGAAAGUGAUCCUGAUAGUGAUAAAUUUAUGUCACUGAAUUGUCACCCGUCUUUGGUGAAACGGGCUAGAGCAUCGACUGCCCCCCGGAAACGGGCACUGCUUAUCGGAGUUACGUAUGCCAAGUGGAAGCACAGGCUUAAGGGUACUGUAAAUGAUGUCAAGAAUAUCAGAAAAUUGUUGAUGGAAAUUUAUCGGUUUCAGAAAGAUGACAUUCUUGUUCUUACAGAAGAGGAGACAAUGGCAGAAUUUAUUCCUACAAAAGAUAACAUCAUCAAAUCAUUGAACUGGCUCGUGGAAGAUUGCCGGGAAGGUGAUUCGUUAGUGUUUUAUUUCUCCGGUCACGGAUUACGACAGCCGGAUUUCAACAACGACGAACAGGACGGAUAUGAUGAAACAAUAUGCCCGGUUGAUUUCAUGGAACAAGGGAUGAUUCUUGACAAUUAUAUAAAUGCUGCCAUUGUUCAUCCUCUUCCUAAAGGUGUCACUCUUCAUGCUAUUGUUGAUGCUUGCCAUAGUGGAACAGUUCUUGAUCUCGUCCAUGUCUAUGACAGAACAAGGAAGAAAUGGAAAAAUAACAGCCCGCCAAACGGUAGUAGAAAGCACACAAAUGGAGGAUUGGCAAUUUGUAUCAGUGCUUGUGAAGAUAGUCAAAUGGCUGCAGAUACAACUGCUGUGAGCGGAAAAGGAAUGAACGGAGCUCUAACGUAUAUUCUGAUAGAAAUAGUAAGGAAAUAUCCAGGACCAACUUACGGGGACCUAAUUGACAUGAUUCAAGAAACUAUUGAUGCUGUUAAUAAUAGUGGUUGUCUUCCUGUCAAAAUCAUCAGAUCAGUCCUACAAAACAGAUUAUUACAGAAUCCUUUGCUUUCAGCUUCGGAAGUAUUUGAUGUCAAGAAGAAACAUUUUAUAAUGUAAUCAUAAAGAAUUCACAAUUUAAUCAUAAAUAUUUGUUUGGAUCUCUGCUUCUGGAUCCUAAUACGUAUCUCACUUUCAUUGGCCUAUCAAUUCAUGUAAAAUGUUUGUAUCGAAUGAAAUAAUUAUUCAACACGUA